UGUUCGGAUCGAGAAGCGUGUUUGGGAGGUCGCCAGUGUCUUUCCCCACCCUACGCAGUUCACUGCAUGUCCAAUAGGGAUCGCGUCUCCGGGUUCGAUCGCGCGCAUCUGGAGGAGCGCAUCUGGUCGGAAUCCCGCAGCUUUUUAACGCGCAGACGAACGGAAGAAAGAAGGAAAGACAGAAAGCGUCAGCGCGCAGGGGAAGUUUACUUUGCGAUGUCGGGAUCGCUGUGUCGGAGUUUGUACGCGUUCAGCGGCGAGCAGCACGAGUGCGGAUUGCGCUUCCAGCCCGGGGAGCUGAUCCGCAUCACGCGCGCGCUGCCCGGCGGAUGGUGGGAAGGCGAGAAGGAUGGAGUCACCGGAUGGUUCCCAUCAAGUUACGUCCAGGUCUUGGAGAAAUCUGCCUCCUUGAGCAUGCUGCCUGGUGAGGACAUUUGCCAAAACCCAUUGCCCAAAGACUGGAAGUGUUACAUUUCACCAGAUGGACAGAAGUACUACGUCAACACUGUCAACAAUGAGACGACAUGGGAAAAGCCUUCCAGUGUCCCUGGAACACCCAGAACAUUACUGCGGCACAAAAACUCCUUACCGACAGUGAAUGGAUUUCAUGGUAGCAGUGGUCCAUUGCAUCAGACUGAGCAGUCACAUGUACCAAAACAGAAGGCCAACACAAAUCAACAGAGCCCUGUGUCCACGUCUCCAAGGAAAUCGGAGCACAAGACCUCAGUCACGCAGCUCAACUGCGUGACGUUUCCCCUCCUGUUACACACCACCGAACAGCAACUUCUCAAACCAGACGAGUGGAGCUACUGUGAUUAUUUCUGGGCAGACAAAAAGGACCCACAGGGGAAUGCCAGCAUUACAGGCUUUGAGGUCUUACUGCACAAACAGCUGAAGGGGAAACAAAUGCAGAAGGAGAUGGCUGAAUUCAUGAGAGAGAGGAUCAAGAUUGAAGAAGAGUAUGCGAAGAAUCUCUUGAAGCUCUCUCAGAUUCCUCUAGCAGCUCAGGAGGAAGGCACACUGGGAGAGGCUUGGGCCCAGCUGAAGAAAAGCCUUGCAGAUGAGGCCGAGGUGCAUAUCAAGUUCUCGUCUAAGCUACAAAGUGAAGUAGAGAAGCCUCUCCUGACAUAUCGAGACAGCUUUAAGAAGGACAUGAAGAAGUUUGACCACCAAAUUAGCGAUCUUAGGAAGCAGCUGGCCAGUCGAUACGCUGCUGUCGAGAAGGCACGUAAGGCGCUUGCAGAGAGGCAGAAGGAUCUGGAUGUAAAGACUCAACAGCUGGAGAUCAAACUGAGCACAAAGAUCGAGGAGGACAUCAAAAAGGCCCGCAGGAAAUCCACACAGGCAGGUGAUGAUCUGAUGCGAUGUGUUGACCUGUACAACCAGUCUCAGUCUAAAUGGUUCGAGGAGAUGGUCACUACUGGUCUGGAGCUGGAGAGACUUGAAGUGGAGCGGAUAGAAGUCAUUCGAAAACACCUCUGCCAGUACACGACGCUGCGGCACGAGACGGACAUGUUCAACCAAAGCACGAUGGAGCCGGUGGACAAACUACUCCAAGUUGUCGAUCCAGCCAAAGACAGAGAGAUAUGGGUAAAGGAGCACAAGACGGGUGAGGUGAGACCGGUGGACAUGGAGCUCUAACUCGCAGGGAAUGUGUUGCCGAUAGAAGAGGUGGAUUUUCCAAUUGUUCUUUGCAAGAACGUGAACAGGAGCAUCAUACUGGAGAAGAAAAUGAGUGAAGGGAAUGUGAAUAAAACUGCUUUCUGAUGAGACGGAGUUCUACUGCCCAGAGCUGUGUUUUAUAUAGAGAUUGAAGCCAGACGCCCUGCUAAACUUUGACCUAGUGAUGGACUCUGAUCAAGUACAAACGUAUAAAUAGUUCUCUUUCUCGCACACACAGAUAUGCACACACACACACACACACACACACACACACACACACACACACACACACACUUUU